AUGGGCGACGAGACGAUUGCGAGGCUUGCUAAUAUUUUGCUUCCAACGUGCCAGAUCAGGGUUUCAGAUAAGAUAUACGUUAGAAACGAGCCGAGGCAAGCAGCAGCAACUGUUCACGGCGGGGAGCGGAACCCGCUGGACAGCACCGGGCUCUGCCUACUGUCCCUCGAUGGCGGCGGCACACGCCCCGAGGGUGCACCCGCAAAGAAACCCUGCAAGGUGUUUGACCUUCUAGGCGGCACUAGUACAGGCGGAUUGAUUGCAAUUAUAUUAGGUCGAUUGGGGAUGGAUGUCGAUGAGUGUAUUAUGGCGUUGCCGGGUGUUCGUCUGCAGCAUAACGUAGGAGACCAGGGAGAUCGUGCACCUUCGCAGCUAUUCCAUACGCAACAAGCCUGGAAUUCCGGCCACCAUCAGCCAGGCCGCCUGCGCAACCUCCGCCGCCACAACCUUCUUCAAGCCGGUGUCUAUUGGGGCACGCAAAUUCGUGGAUGGUACGCUCGGGGCAAAAACCCCGUGGAUGAAGUGGAAGACGAAACGUCUGACAUCUGGUAUGAAGAAACAGGUGACCUGAAGCCGCUGGUGAAGUGCUUUAUCUUGAUCGGCACCGGCAACCCCGGGAAGAAGGCGAUGGAGGACAACCUACUCAAGUUUGUUUCUAAAACCCUGCCAAGUCUCGUCACCUAA